AUGUCAAGCUUGCCGUCUGGCUCCUUUCGAAGCAGAUUUUCCGACUAUCCACCCGAUCAAGGUCCACACCUGCCUAUGCCAAUACCAUCUUCAGCUUCUGGGAUGAUAUCUGACCGUUUGCCAAGCUUUAGCACAAUUGUUUCCAGCAGCGGCACCAGCAGCAGUGAUCUUGGCAAAAGUGCGCAGGCUCUCUAUUCUAGUAUAUCUAGCCAACAACAUGCAUUCCAACCUUCAGGUAGCCGUGGUAUUCAAAAUCACUUUGAAUCUGUUUCAUACCCCGAUCAGGUGUCUGGGAAAAACUACAGCAAGUCUCCAUCGCUUGGCUCUACUUCCCCUGGCAUGGGCAGCUCUAAUUACAGUAAUAACAUCCCACAUUCAUCUAUCUUACAGCACUCAGCACACAAUGGCGGUGGUCAACACAUGUCAUCACACUCUCCUAGGUCUUAUAAGGAAGAAGCUCCAAGUCAGCAGCAGUAUCACUCUGGGCCCAUGCAUCAUGAUAGACAUGGCGGCUAUGGACAUGGAGGAAUGGGCCUACCCGCAGGAGAAUCUAUGGCCAUUCACAAGUUUAAACACAAGUAUCUUUCCCAUAGCCAGCCUAUCCCCAGGCGCCACAUUGGACCAUUCAAAUUUUUUAUUAUAGGUAAAACAGAAAGGCCAUCAGUAUUUAACAAAGGAACACAGACCAAUGAAGAACAAAUGGGGGAAUUAAAGAUAAAAAUUCCAAAAUCUGAAAUCUACAAAUCAGAGUCUGAGACUGAAUUUUCUGAUGAGGAUGAUGAAAGAGCAAGGCGGCAUAGAUCAAUGCAAAAUCAAAACAGCAGGGGGGCACCUGCACAUGGUUCACCUCGAAUUACAUUCCCCUAUGAUCCUCUUCCUUCACAAGGAGGAGACUAUCGUGACUACAACAAGAACACAAAAAUGAAAACCAUCAUAUCACCCAGUUUUAUGGAUGCUGCGGGCAAAGCUACGAUGACAACAUGUGUUUCAAACAAAGCCACUAUUGUCACAGUGGGUAUUGUUAGUAGACCGUCUAACCUAGGAGGUCCACUUCCAACUGAUACCACUCAGCAUAAAGGAAUAAUGUCUACAGGAAACCCCCACGUUUAUAGGAACCAAUAUCAAAACAAAAUCAUGAACUCUCGACGAGGUCCAGAAAUUAUUGGUGAUGUCAGGAUAGAGAAUGAAGAACAGUUGAUUGAGGAGAGGAAAGCUAAAGCAAGAGAUCUGGAACAAGAGCGAAUGGAGGUCAGUGUAAGAAUUGAUGACACCCAGUACGUUCAGGUGGGCAAUGUGAAACGCUGGCAAUGCAAUGAAUGUGAUAAGUCCUACACGACCAAGCAUAACCUGGUGAUGCAUGUACUGGACCAUAGUGGCAUCAAGCCCCAUCUCUGUCUGAAAUGUGGCAAGUAUUUCAAACAGCUUAGCCAUCUGAACACACACAUGCUCACCCAUGACCAAAUAAAGCCACACACGUGUAACAUGUGCGGCAAGGGAUUCACUCAGAUCAGUCAUCUCAAACGUCACACGGCUGUCAGUGAAAAAAAUGGUUACUGUGCAAACCUGCGCUCUAAACAUUCAUCGGGUCAUUCACCAUCAUCUUCUCAACAUGAUGGGCAAAUGGUGAGUCCAAAACUUUUAAUCUCAUCUCUUAAACUUUAUUAUUAUUUUUUGGACCUAAUUAGCCUUUCUAAAAUAGAUCCAUUACAUAUGACAUAGAAAUGAAUCAAAUUUGAAGGUAAUGGUAAUACAAAUUUUUAAUAUCAACUCUAUAAAAAUGACUUAAAGAUAAAUAGCAUGAAAAAAAUUUAAUGGUGUCGUUUAAAUUGUAUUGUAUUGAAAUUUUUUUAUGAGCAAAAUGAGUUUUUCGUAUGUACAAUAGAUUUAAUGGCUUAGUAUUUAUUGAAAGUUUUAAAGUAUUUUGUUUCCUAACAAUUUAGCAACAAAUGCAUGCUUCUCCUGGUAGCAGUAUUGUAAAGCGCUACCCAGACCAAAACCAGAGUUUUGAUUCAGAAUAUGACACCGAUGACAUGAAGGAUGGAGAUAAAGGUGGCAAGCUGCUUUGCCGUUACUGUGAUAGGAAAUUCCGAUACCCAAGUCAGUUAAAGGACCACAUGCAAUCCCACAACGGCCACAGGCCCUAUAUGUGCACUGAGUGUGGCAUGGACUUUAUGAAAGUAAAUAUUUAAUUCCAAACAUAAACAUACAAUAAAUAUAUUCAGCUUUGCACAUUUGAUUUGUUUUUUAAUGUUAAGUUUACUAAUUUAUAUUUAUUUAUUUAAUUAUCUGCUACUUAAUUUGUAGUGAGAUGAUAAAGUGUUAUCUUUAUAUUUCAAUAGUUCAUGAAUUGAUAACUAUCAUUACAAAUAAUUGCAGCAUUAUAUUUUAACAAAUAAUUUCUUAGUGAUGAUUCAUUCGCAAUUAAUUUGUUCUACAGAGAAUGUUUGUUUUGUAUUUCACUUUUAAGCCAUAAAUAACUGUUGUCAUUUGAUGCUUUGCUUCUCCCUUCAAAUCCUAAAACGUAUCUUAUAGAAAUUGUCAUUACAGGAGCACCACUUGAAAGCUCACCAGUUUACUCACACUGGCCUCAAGCCGUACACCUGUGAUGUUUGUGGCAGGUCUUUCAACCAGAGGGCCAACUUGCAGCGUCACAAACUGAUCCAUGAGACAACCAGAACCUUCAAAUGCAAUGUCUGUGCUAAACUGUUCACCCAACCUCAGACACUGAAGGCUCAUCAAGUUGUUCAUGCUGAUCGUAAACCAUUUGAAUGUACAAUUUGUGGUAAGCAUCUUUUUCUGUGUAAUAAUAUUUAUUCUUUAGUGUUGUUUUGUGGGGGAUUUUUUUAUCUUGCUUCUCAGGUAUAUUCAUCAGUGCUUAGGUUUUUAGUAGUACAAAUAAUAGAGUUAGUUUUCCAAUAUUUUAUAAGACAUUGAUAAGCUGGUAAUAAAAUAGUUAAUGUAAUUUAAAGAUAUUUUGGAAUACGUGUAUGUAUGCAUAGUAUGUUAGUGCACUAUCUAGUGUACUAUACAGUUUUAAAAAUUACAUUGUAGUAAUGACUAUUAUACUUCUCAGCAAUGUGGGAUGAUUAAAUUUUGUGUUACACAUUUUGGAGCAAAAUAAUUUUGGUUAUUUUAAUAUAUUUGUCUUAUUGCCAAUAUGAAAGCAAUUAUCAAAAAUUCUAUCAUUAUUAUAUUUUCUCUCCUGCUGGAAAUCUUUAUCCACUACUUUAAAAUUUUUUAGGGAAAGAGUUUGGUCGUUAUCACAACUUGCAAGGACAUAUGCAUAUGCACACUAAUACUAAACCUUAUGUGUGUUUUUGUGGGAGUACAUUCACUUUGAAAGGUCAGUGCAUUGGUUUAUAAUUCAUGCUGAUUAAUAGAGUGGUCCAUUUCGUAUCUUCCUUUAUUGUGUGAAAUAUGCAGCUGAUUGUUUCAUGAAUUAAUAAUUUAUUAAUAAUAAUGCACAACAUCACUUCACCGUUUGUUGAUUUAGGAUGGGGAUUGUGACCUUAGGACCUUGUUAUAGCUACUCAGAAUUCUAGUGUACAUGUUUAGACCCUGAUGAAUAUAAUUAAACAUAUAAUAUACAAUGAACUAACUGAAUGUGUUUUGUUUCCAGGUAAUCUGAACAGACAUAAGAAAGUAAAGCAUGGACUCAAUGAAACUACAGAUGUUAUGGAAGAAGAUGCAGUCAAUUUUCUCAGCUCCUUAUCUGAAAGAGCGAGAGAUGAACACAUUGUGGAUGGUGAAACUGAGAGCCUGAGUCCUGGCUCUGGUGGGGAG